AAAAAUUUUAACAUAUGACAUAUUUCAAAUAUAUAUUUUUUUUCUUUUUUUUUGUACAACUGGCUUUGCUGUCAAAAAAAAUCUAGGUGCAUCACUGUUUGAGGGCUUGAUAACCCAAGCGAUGUUGAGGGGGCAGGCACAGGAUGUUUAGUUAUACUGUUUUGUUGCUCAGCAGGCAGGCAUAUCACUCUCAGUUGUAUUGUACCGUAGCCUACAUGGGACAAUAAAUGGAAACUUUACAUAAAUGGAAACUGUUUAUAUUGUGUCACAUCACACUACAGUCUGUUAAAUUUAACUGUCCACCUCAAAUUAAAUAAUUUGAAAUUUUACACUGUCAUUGCUUGCAAAGUGUUAAAAGUAUUGUAUGUUGUCGAGACAAGCCGGUGGGCCCUAAAAUGGUCUCUUGUCCCCGAGCCUCUGCAAGUCUGCUGACAGCCCUGCCAACCCAUUACACAAUGUAUUAUGGUCAAUAUGAGUUAUAGCGUUAAAGCUGCAUUUGUUUUUCCAAUGGAGUUUGGUGGUGUGGUAUACGAGCAUUAAUCUUGUACCUGAAGAGGAUUCGAAGAAUGUUGGCAACCAGCAGAACCAAGCACACGUAGGUGGAGAAGCCCUCAGCAUUCUGUGUUCGCCGGAUGUCUCGGUACUGGGGAAUAUAUGGAACCACUCCACCGAACAUCAUUGCCCCGGCCGCCACCCAAGACACCAGCGAGUUGAGCACAUGCAUUAUCUGCUGAAGUUCUUCGUUUUCCAUGACUACUCGUCAAGGGGAAAUCCUGACACAACCACUUUGCCUUAAUACCACGCCAUCAUAAGACACUAGACCUCAUACGGAUGAAAAUUAAUACUUUCAGCGCCAGUGUUGUAGUUUACAGUGGAUAAACAGUACUGAAGCUAAAAUAUAGCAUUAGAUCAACUCACUGUGUCAUUCCCACUGUUGACUAUUUCUACACAAACGCUGCACUUGAUGAACAUGUCAAAACGUAAAAUAUCGCUAAAGUUACGUUUAAGUGCCCUCCGAAUUGAAAGUAAUAUGACUUUAAUUGAAGUAGGAAUUUGAAGACAAGAAGUUUGCCAAGCCUACCGACAUCCUACAGUCGUUUACAUUCUGUCGCUAAUGACCGACGCUUCCUGUGGACGUCUUGCGUCACUUUCAUGGCCAAAGAUGCUUGACUCAUUCAAGAUAAUUCACACCUUCCAUGUACAGCCUCAACAAUGAUGAAUAACAAUGAAAAAAAAAAAAAGUAUUCUGUGGAUUCAGUGGUAUUUGACAUUUACACAUUAUUUUAACAUACAUGAGAAUUUGGGGGUAUUUUUUACAUUCAAACAUUAUUUUAAUACACCUGAGAAAACGGUUAUGUUUUUCGCAUGUACAAACGAAGAUGUUAGUCUCAUUGCACAACUUCACAUUCAGGUUAUUCCUUUUUGACCAUUUCGCCGCAGGCAAAUAAAAAUAAAUCACGCGUUUCUGAACGCCUGAACAUUGAACAACAAAUGAUAAGUGAACAUUUCUCUUUCUCUUUUAUUUGAAUUGGGAUUUGUGAAGAAAUGGCAAUGCUUUAACGCAUUCAGGUCAUUCGUGAACAUUCCAUUGUACCCUUUAAUAUUACUUCGAUCAGAUUUUCUAGAAUAGAUUAAAUCCAGAUUAUAAACCUCACUGGGGGAAAAUGAAUUAGAGUUAUGUAACAAGUAGCAUCUGUCAGUAACGAUCUCUUAUACAAUAAAAUUAAGAUAAACAUAGUUAAUGGUUGCAGUGGCGAAUUAUUAUGAUUAAAUAUAUCGACCCGUUACAGGCGGAUAGUAAAUAGUUAACAGGAAUUCUCUCAUUUGUAAAACAUUAAUGGAACGAUGCUCAAAACUGGCAAGAGCCCAGAAAUCACUUGUACACUUUACCGGAAAUACAUUACUCAUACCUUCAAGAGAAAACACAACUUCAUGUUACUGGUCGAAAAACACGUUUUGGAACACACAUAUAAAUUCUUUCCAAAAGAAAUCUUAACUAUUUUUUUAAAAAAAAGCUCACAAGUAGGUGUAUAAUAUAUAAUAUAAUACAAAUAUAUUGAAAUAAUCAUCCAAUGUAUCAACAAGCAAAUUAUAUUUUUGAAGUGACGACCAGAGAAGGCGGAAGUAGUCUUACUUAAAGAACGCAACAGAAGUUAAAUCAAAGUUACCGAGUGCUCGCAGCUAACGCUAAUGAUGGAUGCACUUUCACUACCAUUUAAAUGAAAUAAAAAGGUUGUUUGGUGUUGGUAGACUGCAAACUGACAAAUGAACAAAAAGCCGGCAAUAGGAUGUCAACAUCUGAGUGCACAACAGCCAAAGAGCUGACGCAAGUGAUGGAAGAGAGAAUGAAUCAAGUACAGGCGAGAUUCCAGGCCAUCACCGAACAACUGGAAAUACAACUAGAUGAGAUGGGAACACGGAUCAACAAUCUGGAGGAGAACGUGAUGGAGCUCAUGACGCAAGCCAGCAUGGAAGACCUGCCUAUUUCCAAAGUGACCGACCUUCUUCCUCAAUAGAUGUGACAUCACGUGCACUAUUGAGAACAAAACCACAGCUUAAGCUAAUCAAGUAUUACAUACCAAGCAAUAAUGUAUUCCUUCGCUACCUCUCUACAGCACUUAAAAUUCUAUUUUAUAAGAGUUGAACCCAGUGUUAUUGUAAUUUGCUGAAUCAUGCUGAAAACUGCGUUGGCACUUUAAACGAAUAUCUAUUAUAGUUCUUUUAGCCGGAUGCAAUAACAACCAAGGGGCCACAGAAUUUAUUUAAAGAGACAGUAAUAAAAAUAGAAUUCAAGAAAUAAAUUGGAAAAUAACAAAAAUGUAGCACACCUCAAAAAGGGAAAUUUGUGUGUUACUGAGAAAUACAACACACAAAUAGACAGUGGUGGAUGAAGUACUCACUUUUUUUGUUUUACUUUAGUACAUAUACAGGUGCAAAAAAUUAGUUGAAGACCAAAUAAUAAAUGUACUCAAGUAAAAGUACUUGAUUUAAAAUUUACAAGUAAGAGGUAAAAAAACAAUAAAAUUGACAGCACUGUAAACAGAAGCUUAACAUGCUCAAAAACGCCAAAACUUAGCUUAAUUUCUACCUCUAUAAAUGGUGGAUUGCAAGCAACUAUCAGGUGCAUACCACCACCUGCUGCACAAGAUUGUUGUGGUUUUUAUUGGUCAAUAUCUUUUUCACCUGCCUAAUCUUGCUUGUACUCGUGUUGCUGCCUCAUGCUCAGUUACAGUAUUGUUGCACGGGGCUAAUCGAUUGUGUCAGAGGCAUAAAAAUGAAAAUUCACAAUGAGGAGAAAAAAGAAGACUAACGUGUAAUGCAGGCGACAAUUUGAACAGUAGUUACCUGCUGUAACAUAUAGUGAAGUAAAAAGUACCACUUCAUAUUUGUACUCAAGUGAAGUAGAUACACAAAAGUGUACUUAAGUACAGUAACGAAGUACUUCGUUACAUUCCACCACCGCAAAUAGGUUCAUGAUUUUAAUUUUGAUCAUUUGCAAGAUCAUAGUGUACAGCUACCUCAAUCAAUCUAUUACGAACCACUAUUAUUACAUAUUGGUUUCGAAUAUAGCAACUCUUUCAUUGAAUGAACUUUUCUACCAUAUUCUAAUUUAUUCAGAUGCAAUUGUAUAUCUAGGUUGAAAACCAAAAGAAGUCAUGAUCCCAGAAAGUAAUGAAUAUACUGCAAAAUCAAUCUAUGCAAAUGUUAUUUUUGAAAAUGCCAAACUGCCAAAAGAAAAUGCAAAUAAAUGUGCUUUAAACAUGCACGGGCGUUUUUCUUCGAGGAACAUUGCAAUAGCUCCAGCUAGUGGAAUCUUUAACUCAUUGCAUAUGUUUUUUUGCUUGUCACUGUCCAUGGUGCUGAUUUGUUUACCUAUGGUUCUAAUCCUUUGCAGUGUUGAUUUUUGUUCUUUUUAUUUUACACUGCUUGAUUGAAAUAACCAUAUCCCUGGAAAAGUAAUUUAUUC